AUGGUAGAGAAUGAAAACAAGAAUUUGCUGAAAACAUCAACUUCUUUGACUGAGCAACUGAAUGUCCGCACAAAAGAACUUGAAACUGCACAACAACAUCUUAAAAAUCUUGAAGAAGACAUUUCUGAUUUAAAUCAGGAAGUUUCAGGUUUAACUAAGGAAAACGAAUCUCAAAGGAACAAAAAUUCCAGUCUCCAGUCAAAGAUAGUUUCUAUCUUUAAUUCUCUGAAACAUGAAAAAGAAGAAGUUGCACAUAUUUCUUCUGUAAUAGAACAAGACAAGGUGCAAAUCAGUUCCAUGUUCAAAGACUUCUGGCACUACAUCAAGCAAGUGAAUGUGGCACAUCAAAUGGAUAUACAGAGACUGAAAAUGUCUUUGGUAGAAAUGGAAAGAGAAAAGUAUGAAAUUUUGCAUGAAAAGAACAAAAAAAUAGAAGCUGAAAAGAAGGAAGAAUUAAUACAGAAAGUAAAUUCUCUACAAUCUGAGACUAAACAUUUAAAGACAAAAUUAAAAGCUGAUGAAGAAAAAAUUGAAGGUAAUAUUUGA